CUGGGCGGGGCCGGCUCGGUCUGUGCCUGUGCGGAGCAGGGGCGGGCUUGGACCCGCGCGACGCGCUGGAGGAUGCGUCCCGGCCUCCCGGGAGGAGGCGAGUCUAGACGCCACCGGUAAUAAAUGAAAAAGAAUAAACCAUGGGAAACCCAGAAAACAUAGGAGAUGCAUAUGUUGCUGUGAUUCGUCCAAAGACUACUGCUAGCCUGAAUUCUCGGGAAUAUCGAGCUAAAUCAUAUGAAAUUUUGUUGCUUGAGGUUCCCAUUGAAGGACAAAAGAAAAAGAGAAAGAAAGUUUUGUUGGAAACUAAACUUCAGGGAGGCAGUGAGAUAACCCAGAGCAUCUUGGAUUAUGUAGUAGAAACCACCAAACCAAUUUCACCAGCUAAUCAAGGUAUCAAAGGAAAGCGAGUAGUGUUAAUGAAGAAAUUUCCUCUUGAUGGAGACAAGGUGGGCAGGGAAGCCUCUCUUUUCAUUGUUCCAACCGUUGUCAAAGAUAAUACAAAAUAUGCAUACAGUCCUGGAUGCCCAGUUUUCUACUGCUUACAGGACAUCAUGAGGGUCUGCAGCGAAUCCAGCACUCAUUUUGCUACACUCACUGCUAGAAUGUUAAUAGCCUUGGAUAAGUGGUUAGAUGAACGACAUACACAAUCUCAUUCCAUCCCAGCUUUAUUCAGACCAUCUCCUCUUGAGAGGAUUAAAACUAAUGUUUCAAACCCCGCAUAUGCUAUUGAACCUGGGCAGACGGAGAGCUCUCUACACAUGGGAUAUACUGCAUUAGAAAUAAAGAGCAAAAUGUUGGCGCUGGAGAAAGCAGAUAUGUGUAUCUAUAACCCUUUGUUUGGGUCAGAUCUUCAGUAUACCAACAGGGUUGAUAAAGUGGUUAUAAAUCCAUACUUUGGUCUUGGAGCUCCAGACUAUUCAAAGAUUCAGAUUCCAAAACGAGAAAAGUGGCAACGCAGCAUGAGCAGUGUCACAGAAGACAAAGAGCGCCAAUGGGUAGAUGAUUUCCCUCUUCAUCGCAGUGCUUGUGAAGGAGACUCUGAAUUACUUAGUCGCCUUCUAGAUGACAACUUUUCAGUCAACCAGUUAGAUAGUGACCAUUGGGCACCUAUCCAUUAUGCGUGCUGGUAUGGAAAAGUUGAAGCCACUCGAAUGUUGCUGGAGAAAGGGAAAUGUAAUCCAAAUCUACUGAAUGGACAACUUAGCUCUCCUCUUCAUUUUGCUGCUGGAGGAGGACAUGUUGAAAUUGUGAAAAUUCUUCUAAACCAUCUGGAAAUUGACAGACACAUUACUGAUCAACAAGGAAGAUCCCCAUUGAAUGUCUGCGAAGAGAGCAAACAGAAUGAUUGGGAAGAAACAGCAAAACUGCUGAAGGAAGCCAUAAAUAAACCUUAUGAAAAAGUACGGAUUUAUCGAAUGGAUGGGUCAUAUCGUUCUGUUGAGUUGAAACAUGGAAACAAUACUACUGUACAGCAGAUAAUGGAAGGAAUGCGUCUGUCUCAAGAAACACAGCAGUACUUCACUAUUUGGAUUUGUUCUGAGAACCUUAGCCUCCAGCUGAAGCCAUAUCAUAAACCUUUGCAGCAUGUUCGUGACUGGCCUGAAAUACUCACUGAACUGACAAACUUGGAUCCUCAAAGGGAAACUCCACAGCUUUUCCUGAGGAGGGAUGUGAGACUUCCUUUGGAGGUUGAAAAAAAGAUUGAGGAUCCACUGGCUAUUCUUAUCCUGUUUGAUGAAGCCAGAUAUAAUUUGCUGAAAGGCUUCUAUACUUCACCUGAUGCCAAACUGAUCACACUGGCAAGUCUGCUGCUACAAAUAGUCUAUGGAAAUUAUGAGAGUAAGAAACACAAACAAGGUUUCCUUAAUGAAGAAAAUCUUAAAUCUAUAGUACCCAUCACCAAACUAAAAAGUAAGGCUCCUCACUGGACAAAUAGGAUACUUCAUGAAUACAAGAGUCUCAGCUCUAGUGAAGGUGUAAGUAAAGAGAUGCAUCACCUGCAACGCAUGUUCUUGCAGAAUUGCUGGGAAAUUCCUACCUAUGGAGCUGCUUUUUUCACAGGACAGGUAUUCACCAAGGCGAGUUCAAGCAGUCAUAAAGUCAUCAGAGUGUACGUAGGAGUAAAUGUAAAAGGACUGCAUCUCCUCAAUAUGGAAACCAAGGGUUUGCUCAUCAGUCUAAAGUAUGGUUGCUUUAUGUGGCAGUUAGGAGAUGCAGAUACCUGUUUUCAAAUCCAUAGUCUGGAAAACAAAAUGAGCUUCAUAGUCCAUACCAAACAGGCAGGUCUUGUCGUAAAACUGCUGAUGAAAUUAAACAGCCAGUUAAUGUCUACUGAACGAAAUGAAUGACAGCGAUGGACAGUGAUUAUGCAACAGUGUUUUAUGAUUAAACAGAAGUAAUUUUGUUUUAAUUAAAAUAGAAGUCUUUCAUGUGCAUGAAAGUUUCUCAGAAUGAAAUAUGUUGUGAAAUUUGUAUAGAUUUUUGUACAGAAGCUGCAUGGGUUAUUUUUUUAAAAAGUAUAUAACAUCUAUUUUUAUAAAGAGAUUUUUUCUUCAAUAUAAGCUAUUCUAAUUUUGAGCUAAACCACAAGAAGAAAGAUAUUGAGAUUAAAAUGUAAAAUAGUGUGCUCUUGUUCUUAACAGAUUAUGGAGGAUUCAGAGUGCCUUAAACCAAUCCCUAAUGUAUCUGUUAUUAAUCUACUUGUGAUACUGUAGAAUUCAGUAAAACCUGUACAAAUAACCUUUAACAGGCAACCUGCUCUCUUAAGAGACAGCCAAAGGUAUUCCCAGAUAUAUUGAGUAAAAUUCUUCUCCGCUUCAAUUAGAAGACUGUAGUUUCCCUGUGUGUUUUUAAUUUGAUGUUCAAUACAUUUUAUAGUUAAGACUUGAUUUAAUUUCAAGUUUAAUUUUUUUCUUAUGUACCAGUAUUAUUUUAGAAAUUUGCCUCAGAACAGCUAUCAGGAAAUACAUUUUUAAAUCUUUUCAGGAGCAGAUUAAAUGUUUAGCAUAUUUAAUGUUUUGAAACUAGUGAUUAUUACUUUGCAAUGCAAUACCCUGCUUACACAAUUACUGGAUUCCAACAAAUUUGUAUUAAGUUUAAUUACUGUAUUGCAACAGGUUUGACUGAGUAAUACUUUGUGCAGUAGGGACUUGAGUUGUUUCCAUUAAUUGAGUUUUCGUGUUCAUGUCUUACGUGACUUUGUUGGGACUCCAUAGAGUGAAGGAUUUGCAGGAUUGGGGAUUUACAGUGUAGAGAUAGAAACUGGACAUCUGUUUACUGAGGAUUCAAUUCUGCUCUCAUUAGUGUCAGUGGGAGCAGGAGGAAGCUCUAAUAUGAUCUCGUUAAUAUAAUGUAAUGGAAUAAUUGUUUUCUUUUCAUAAUAUUUAAGAAGUCUGGAAACUGUAUAAUUUUAAAGAGACUUAGGGACAGAUGGCUGUCAGAAUUUGCCCUAAACAAGCAAAUGUACAUUUGCUUACCAUGACAGUAAUUAAAGUAAAACUGCUACAUAUUUUAAUCUACCUUUUGUAUAUUAAUUAGGUUUAUUUUUAUGAACAGUAUGGUAUGAACAUUUUAAAUCAUUAAAUGGAGUCUGAAAUAUAUCUUUAUACCACAAACUACUACCCUGUUAUACUAACUACCCUGUUAUACCCUGUUCUUUGCUACCCUGUUAUACUAACCUCUGAACUUUCCAGGGGGUGCUAUAAGGUUUUUUACUUCAGCUUCCACUGACUUUAAUGGGAAUUGUGUGGCUAAAACCAUGUGCAAUAUUUUGUGGUAAAGUUAAAUAUUCGCACUUGCCUCUAAAAUGAAAGUUAAACAAUUCAAUGCCAGGCACUGUAGCACUUUGCAGUACUUUCAUCUUUGCAAUCAAACUUCUCUGAAUCCCCAAAUCAGUACAUUUUAACAAAUUAUAAAGUACUCUGUGGGCAAUUUUUUAAAAUACAUGCAGGAAAAGAUCUGUACUAUAGAAUUUUCUUUAAAGCUAUACCUAAACUACAUGAGCUUCAUUGGCAUGCAGUUAAUUGUAAAUCUUCCUAGAUUGAUUGUAUUGCCUUUUAUCAGAAGUGAAUACUACAGCAGAUUCUAAAUUAAUUCACAGCUAUCACUUGGCUUUAAUAUCAGAAUAUCUUUUUUAUAACAAGCACUUGUUAGAAAACGAAGUGUAUAAUGUUACAAACUGUAUAUACAAAUAAGUGUCUGCAUAUUUAACAAUAAAAUUAAUAAACCUUACUGCUAUAUAUUUA